ACGUUGUAAGUGCGACAUCCUUGAUGCAAUCUCUAAACAUCCCGUUAUUUAAAUAUUUUCAGAUUGUCGCAUAGCAAUUUACAUUUUUAUAUGCAACAGCAAUAUAUAUUUGCAAACAUGGAAAACGUUAAGAAUUACUGCAAAGUUUUGUGUUUUAUUCUGGUGCUAAAUUUUGUACUAGCUAUCGAUCGUCCGAUCCUUUACCCCACGACGAAGGUCGAGAACUGUACAAAUUGUAUUGUGGCGAAAGAAGGAGAAAAUCUAACGGUUUGGUGUAACACGACAACCGUAAAAAGAAACGUUGAGUUUGUUAAAGGUGAAAGAUUUGGAAGCUACUUUUAUGGUGCCACGGAGUAUGAAGCUGGCGCCUACGUUGGGAUAAUUCCUGCUAGCCGAAUUAAUCACCUGAACACUUUAAUUUGUUCUGAGGAAUCACGUCUUCAAAGCGCUGUACAUUUGAUUUAUUUAUUAGAAAAACCUCGGCUACCGUUGGAUGCUUUACGUUUACCUAAAACAAUUAAGGAAGGAUAUCCCGCCAAUUUCACGUGUACCAUACUUGGGGGAAGACCUCCCCCUCGCCCCGUGAUCACAAUCAGUGACAAAGUAAUUGAGUCGGAGACUUCGACAUUUUCUAAAGGAAACGUAUCACAUACUAUUGGCGUUGCAUCAGUUAAUUCCGUGCCUCGGGCAUGGAAUGGGAAAUGGUUGAAGUGUCGAUAUGAAAAUGCAUAUUUCAAUGCGACUGCAGGAUACAGGAAACUUAACGUUCUAUAUAAACCAAACAUCACCAUUACUCAGAACAGUAAAAUGGUCACGUGUUCAGCUCCAAGUGAACCGCUAUCCAACAUAACUUUGCUCUUUAAUGUGGAUCGACGUCUUAACAGUCAAAAAUGCAACUCGAUUGAAGAAUGUUCUGUAACGCUUAAAGAAAAUGUUGUCGAUGGUUUUCUUGUUUGUCUUGUUCAGUAUGGUACAGAGGAAUUCAGAAAUUUUUCGGUCAUUUCACGCGGAACGAUUGCGCCACCUAUGGAGACAGCAGAGGUGCAAUCCCAGUCAUCUUCUAUGGUCAUAGCACUUGCAAUGUUAUCUGGAGUCUUAGGUUUUACUGCUGUCUGCUCCGUGGUCUUCAUGAUAUGCGGUAUUCGUAAGAGAAAACAAGAAGAAAAAAUUUCGAAUACCAGAUCAAAUAAUGAUCAAGUUCCAGAACAAAAUUAUGAAGGUCUGAAUAGAGGUCAAGAUGAACAAGAAGCAAACUACGGCGCCCUUACAUUGGACGACCGGGAGUAUGCCGCAGUCAACUAUGACGCGAUGAACACUGGAAGCGCAACUACAACAUUUACUUCCCGGUCCUAAGCAAGACUGAUUUAUUUUGGGACGUUUGGCUAUCUUCAUAAGUCUUGCCAUUCCGGUUCGUGCGACGAUCAAAUUUCUAUAAGACCUUAAGAAAGUAUAUUUUUUUCAUAGAAAGACAGUUAGAACGUUAAACUGAUAUUGACUCUUCGAUUUGACGCUGCAUCUUAUGAGUCGAGCUGGCUAACACAUUUAACUUUGCCCGUAUUGAUCCAUAUUGACUGAUCCAUUUUUGGACUGAUUUAUGUGUUUGGGACUCACCCAGGUUUUGAGACUCAUCCAUGUUUUUUUGGACGGAUUCAUGUUUUUGGAUUGAUUCAUGUUUUUGGGACUCGCCCAUGUUUUGAGACUCAUCCAUGUUUUUGGACUGACUCAUGUUUUUGGGACUCACCCAGGUUUUGAGACUGCUCGAUGUUUUGGACUGAUCCAUGUUUGUGGACAAGUGUUUGGUUUAUAACUCGUAAACCAGUUUAACUCUACUUCACUAAACAAUUUUCUUUACCGACAGAGCGAGUUCGUUAAUCCAAGUAUUGUAUUAUUUGUAUUAUUUGUAACCUCUGUGUGCUUUGUUGUUGUGUUGUGUAUCUCAUUGAGUGUCUGUUGUGACAAGGUCCAUGUUACUUUAAGGGUUUAUAUUACUUUUAGACUGUAUCAUUAUAUCAGUUAUGUGUUUACAUUUAAAACUUUCGGCAGUUGCUUUGUGUAUAUGGAAGUGACUUAACAAAUACAGAGAAAUCAACAUAAAGUGCACGUCUACGAAAGUACAUCGAAACUCAAUAUCUAAAGCAUUGUUCUUUAAAUGAUUACAUGUACAGAAACUGCAUACUUCAAAGAAGGUUUACAGGGCCAAUUGUAUCCUCAAAAUUGCACGUAUGCUUAUAAUCGUACGAAAACAUUGUGUUUAAAUUAUCAAAAGCUUCUGAUCUAUGUAAAUCAUGGCGCCUUCCUGUACAUAAGUGGUUUCAUGUGAGCGUUAUGCUUAAGGUCAAUGACUACCGGAUAAACUUCUUUGGUAGGUGAUUUCAAGAUAUGUUAAAAUAAUAUAAGAAACCAUGCCAUAUAUAAUGAGUUUAAUGGUCAUUCCAAAAUGUGCCUUUUCUUCUCAUAGUUUAGUAAGGUGUUGCACUUAUCAGAUUUUUCCGUAUGACAUUUUGCUUAACAAACGUAAUGCCUACUAAGCAUGCUGCCCAAAUUAUAAUCCAUCCAUUGCGUUAAUUUAUACGAUAUUUGGCAGUCCACUUAAUGAUUCCGCCUUUUUAUCGUUCUACGCAAUAGCCAGCCAAUAUGAUCCCUUGAACAAGAUCAUUGUUUUUAUUUUGACCGCUCUCGUUCAUAUUAUACUUAAAUUCAUAUGUGUGUAAAUUGCUUUUCUUUUGUUUAUGUUUGUCUGUUUGGAAUUGACCUAUUUUGCAAAAGUAAUGCAAACUUUAUUCUGUAGUGUACACUAUUUGUCUUCACCUAUCCGGGGACAGGCAUUUUUUCAUUGUUACAUUAGUUUUAUUUGUGUUUUCUUUGUCUAUUUCAUUGUAUGUCAUUUUUUUCUGUGUGUUUUUGGACAUAAAUAGGGUUUAUGGUUGAUUUACUGCUUAUAGGCAUUUCCCUUUAGUUUUCAUUGUUUUAUUGUGUCUGUAGCUUUAUUUGUAUAGUUUUCCUUUUAGAAAGUUGAGCAUUUUUUCAUCGACUUUCAUUGAUACUUUUGUAAAUUAUCAUAUGUUAUGCCAUUUUCUUUGUUUGUUUUUAUGUUAACCUUUUAUCUUUGUGUUAUUUAGCAACGACAUAUUAGUCUGUGUAGUUUCAAAUGUACGGUUCCACCUUUACUGAUUCAAUCGUUUUUAUAAAGAUUUGCCUUUGUUGGUCAUUCUGUCCGUCCGUCACAAAAUCUGGUUUCGCGCGUUUGUCCAAAAGUGUAUUAGCUAGAGUUAUGUACUUAAACAGGAACGUUAAGCUGCAUGGGAAGUAACUGGGGCUUUGUAUGUGAAUCGGCAGAUUUAAAGUCCUCAACUUAAUUAACGUUAACUUGUUGAGCACGUAUUCUUGCUUCGCGCGUAUCUCCAAAGUUGAAGGCCAGAGUCACAAAACUUACAGAAAUGUUGUGCUCAAGGCCCCUUUUGUUUAAGUGCUUAAGCAUAACAAGGUUAUGUAGCUUAAUUUAUCGAGACAAAUUUUUUACUUAAUCGUUGUUUUGCUAAAUAGUAAUUAGAUCAAUAUGAUUUGCAUGAAAUGAUUUUUCUUUUUUAAGGUAAAAGAAACACACUUUAAUAUGUAAAUAUUAAACAUUUUAUGCCAAACAAAAAUUGUGAGAUUGGUUCCUGUAGUAAGGAACUUAAGUAUUUUCGAAAAAUAGGGGCAAGGGGUUAGAUUAAACUUAUUCAUUUUACAGCGAUUGUGAAACAAGUUAUUAUAACCUUAUAUUAAUCACUUUUAUUGGCACGAUGUUACGCGAUGUUACGCGAGAGAGUGGUUUUUUGUCUUGUAGUGGAAGCAAGAGUACCCGGAGGAAACCCACUUGUCCGGCUUGGUGACCACAAACCAAACUCACAUGCGCCCAUGCCGAGAAUCGAACCGCAAAUUCAUUGCCUUUUUGAAAAUAUUGCAUAUUGAGCAUUACAUAUUUUGUAGCAGAUCCAAAAGGAUUGGAGUCAGAGUCAUGAAACUUAACAGGAAUACUAACCAGCAUGAAAAAUUGAGACCAGGUGAAUGGCUUGAAGCCUACUCGAAUAAGAGUAGGGUAAUGAUCCUUGAUUUAGGUAAUAUGUAUAUCAAGCAUGAUAUAUUGUGUGACCCUUAUCUCGCGAAAUAUAUGAGCUAGAGUCAUGAAGCUUAAUAGGAAUAUUCGUCAGCUGUAAAAGCAUAAAGAGCAUGCAAAGUUGAGUUUCACUUUUCUAAAAAAAUACUUGAGUUAGAGUCAUAUACCUUCACAUAGAUAUCAGUCUGCUUUUACGUUAUAUCUUUAGGUCAAAUAAAGCAAUAUUAAUAACAUAUGGUAUGUAGGUUAAAAGCCAUCAAACUUUACUUGACUGUUUAUCCGCAUAUGUUGUUUUUGGUUAUUUUGAUGCACUUUCAUCGGCUAUAGGCGAAAUGUAGGCACUUGCCUUUAUGACAAAGGCGGAAAGUAGGGGCAUCUUGUCCUAUAGACACACUUCUAAUUUUCCAUUGUAUUGUUACUGAUAGUUGUGUGAAAUAUAUGUUUUAUUUGUUUAAUAGUUUUUGUCCGUUUCAUUUUAUAUUUUAACCAGUUCUCAAUGUAUCUUAAAACAUUUACUCAACUGUAUCAUUUAUCCUUGACUCAAUUGUUCCUUUUAACAUGUUGGGCAAUUGUAUUAUUUAAACUUAACUGUCUUUACUCAAUUGUAUGAUUUAAACUUUACUUAAUGAUAUAUCUUUACUUCCUUUUUUAUCUUAACAUUUCCUUAAUGUUUUCAUUGAGCCUUGUAUUCCAGUGAUUGAUUUUUACCACUCCUCAAUGUUAUCUUUUAACCAUGUCUUAAUGUUAUAUUUCAACCUUCUCGAAUGUGAUCUUUUAACAUUUACUCAACGUCAAAUUUUAAUAUUUCCUUAAUGUUGCAUUUUAGUCUUUCCUUAAUUGUAUAUUUUAAUAUUUGAGCAUUUGUAUCUUUUAAACUUUACUCAAUGAUGUUUUAAGAUUUACUCAAUUGUAUUUAUGAUAUUUAAGCGUUUCUAUUUGAUUGCAAGAAAGCUUGUAUUGCUUCGCUAUUUUAUUUGCAGGCGAAUUAUGACCGUAUCUGGUCGUUGAGUAUUUGAAAUGAAUGUUUAAGUUGUUACGUCUACUUAUGCUUUUUAUUUGUCAUGUAGUUUGUGAUGACUCUGAUAGUGUACGCAUAUAAAUUUGUUGGUCCGCUCGGAUGCGGUGACCCCAACAUGUUUUGAUAUUAAAACUGUAUUAAUAUAUUGAUGUAAACAGUGUGUUUCUCCUAGUAUACAUUUUAAGUGUCUUGUCUAUCUGUCUUUUUGAAAUUCGUUGGUGUUACUAUAGCAGAUAUACUCAAAGCUGUACGAAAAUUUCACUGAAGUAAACACGUUAAAAAAAUUAUAAACCUCAUAGACUGCAAGCGUAUAGUUGAAUAAAUGUCUUUACUUUA